AUGGGGAAGUUGCAUACGUUGUCGAUCGAGGAUGUGCCAAGUUUGCAGCAGAUUGAGGGCCUUGCAAGUUUGAAUUCGUUGCAAGUCCUAGAACUAAUCGGGUUCACAUCAUUGGAAAGGGUCAACGGUCUAGCUGGCUUGGAGGAGCUUAAAACAGCCAUAAUACAAGGAUGCAUAAAAUUGGACAGACUGAUGCCACUUUCGAAUUUGGGGAAGUUGCGUAAGUUGUCCAUCAAGGAUAUGCCAAGUUUGCAGGAGAUGGAGGGUCUUGCAGGUUUGAAGUCGUUACGAAAAUUAAUGUUGAUCGGUUGCACGUCAUUGGAAAGGGUCGAAAAUCUAUCUGGCUUGGAGAAAUUGAAAACAGUCAAAAUCCAAGGAUGCAAAAAAUUAGAGAGAAUGCCAUCACUUUCAAAUUUGGGGAAGUUGCGUACGUUGUGGAUCAAGGAUAUGCCAAGUUUGCAUGAGAUUGAUGAUGCGUUCGGACUUGCAAAUUUUACAUCUUUGGAGGAGUGA